UCGCCGUGGCCGAGUAUUCUUCGAAAUCGCAGGAAGACACCAUGUCCCGACGGAACUACGCGGCCAAGGGCAGCGGAAACUCGGGUGGUCCAUCCAGCAACAACCCUCGGUCUGGCGGUGGACCUCCACGUGGUCAGCCACCGAUGCGACAGAACACGAGCAACUCCCGCGACAGCGAUGAUGACUUCAAUCAGCAAAACAAUGCGCUGCUCGGAGUUCCCGUGUGGCAAGACUCGAACACGGACAUUCAAAAUGGAUCGUACUUGGAAGCAGGAACGCCCCAUCGUUCGGCACCGGACAACAGUCGGCAACCUCCACGCCAUCAAUACUCGCAAUCGAACCCGUCGACGCGCCACCACUACGCGCAACAGCAGCUCGAGCAGCAGCCAUACCAAGCACCUCAAAUGGUGAAAAAUGUGGCGAAUCCCAAUAGGGUCCUGGAAGAUGUCCAUCGUCAACGUCAAAGCAAUGCCAUCGCCGUGAACGCCGUGCCAGCGACGACGGAAGAAGCGUUUCGGUUGAUCGCCGUGGGCGUGACCGCCGAGGGCGAAAAACGAUACGAGUCGGCGGUGCGGAGUUUCCUCGAUGGCGGGGAAAUGCUUUGCACUGUGCACGAGCAGGAAACGGACAUGCACGUGCGAUCGUUGCUCAACCAGAAAGCGACCCAAGUGAUUGCGUGGGCCGAGACGCUCAAUCGAUGGGUACAGACAGUACCAUUCUUACAUAAUCACCCCCCAUCAAUUCUUUUCCCAUAGCGCAAACGUCACGCAUGUGUAGAUUGAAAGCGGCCGCGUGGGUGCCGCGCCCAAGCGCGACUCGUUCAAGGUCGGCGUGGACAUGGUGAACCGCCUCGGGACGUGCGCGGGGCCCGUGAGCUCGCACAGCCCCGCGGAGCUGCGCACAAUGUACUACACGCCGUGCGCAAACAAAGUCGUGUCGAACUUUACGAACGAAGGGUACCGGUUGCACUGCAUCGAAGAAGGGCGGUCGCCGCAGCUCUUGGUCGUGAUCACCAUGUACAACGAGGACGAGGUCGAGAUGUACUCGACGCUCAAAAAGGUGGCCAACAACAUCGAGCACAUCAAGAGCAAGAAGCUGCCGGGGUACGAAGGCGACGACUCGUGGAAGAACAUCCUCGUGUGCGUCGUGAGCGACGGGCGCACCAAAGCCAACAAGGGCACGCUCGCGUUCCUGCGGGACGUCGGCGUGUUUGACGAGGACGCGAUGAACAUCAUGAUGGUCGGCGUGGACGUCCAGUGCCACGUGUUUGAGUUCUGCGUCCAGCUCAAGAAGGGCAAGGACAUCGCCGACAGUAUCGCAUCCAAGCACUUGUACCCGCCGACGCAGGUCGUGUUUGCACUCAAGGAGCACAACGCUGGCAAACUUAACUCGCACGAGUGGUACUUUAACGCGUUCGCUGAGCAGAUCCAGCCAGAGUACACGGUGCUGCUAGAUGUGGGCACGAUGCCCACGGCGCGGGCGUUCUACCUCCUCCUCGCGGCCAUGGAGUUGGACCCGCAGGUGGGCGGCACAUGCGGCGAGAUUGCCGUGGAUCGCCCGAUCCCGCACCUGUGCAACUGGGUCAUCGCGGCGCAGCACUUUGAGUACAAGAUCUCCAACAUCAUGGACAAGAGCCUCGAAAGCGUCUUUGGGUUCAUCUCGGUGCUCCCGGGGGCGUUCUCAGCGUACCGGUACAAAGCGAUCCGAGGGCCGCCCCUGCAAGCGUACUUCAAGUCGCUCACGACCCCCAUGCACGAGCUCGGCGCGUUCCAGGGCAACAUGUACCUGGCCGAAGACCGCAUCUUGUGCUUUGAGCUGCUCGCGCGAAAGGGCCAGCGGUGGACGAUGCAGUACGUCAAGGACGCGAUUGCUAGAACGGACGUGCCCACGGACCUCACGGCGCUCAUCGGGCAGCGGCGGCGGUGGCUCAACGGGUCCUUCUUUGCGCUCGUGUACACGAUCCUCAACUGGGGCCGCGUAUACACCGAGUCGAAUCACUCGUACAUCCGCAAGUUCUUCUUGUGCAUCCAAUAUGCGUACAUGACGGCCAACGUCGGGCUGUCGUGGAUCCUUCCCGCCAACUUCUUUCUCGUCACGUACUACCUUGUGAUCAUCGGGUUCCUCAAGGACAACUGGGGGUACAUCCCCACGGACAAGAUCUCGCCGUACGCUAAGCAGAUCGCGGUCCAGGUGUUUUCGCUGCUGUACGGGUCUUCGUUUCUCGUCCAGCUCGUGGCAGGACUUGGCAACAAACCCAAACACAUCAAGAACUUGUACCGGAUCACAGCCGUGUUUUACGCGCUCGUGAUGACGUUGACCACGGUCAUCGCCGUUGGGUUUAUCCUCAAGCCCAUCAUUGACAAAUUCAAAGCCGGAUUGAAAGUCGCCGACAUCCAAGGCAUCAUGGACAACUUUAAUCUCGUGGACGCGGCGGCGUUCGUGGCGUCGGCGGGCGUGUUCUUCCUCGCGUCGGCGCUGCAUUGCGAGUUGCACCACAUCGUUCUCUCGUUUGUCCAGUACAUGGCGUUGCUGCCGACGUUCGUCAACAUCCUCAACACGUACUCGUUCUGCAACUUGCACGACUUGAGUUGGGGCACCAAGGGAUUGGAGAGCUCCGACGGCCACGGACCCAAGGCCGGGGGCGGCAAGGGCAACUUUAAGGACGCCGUGGAGAAGAAGAAGGCGGAGGAAGCGCGCAAGGCCAAGGAGGCCAAGAUCAAGGACGAGAUGGAGGGCGCGUUCCAGCGGUUUCGGUCGACUUUGCUCAUCUUUUGGCUCUUGUGCAAUCUCGGAUUUGCGUACACGAUAAUCGUGCUGGACGUGAAUGAGGCGACGGGCCAGCAGGGCCUGGCCUACCUCAAGUUUCUCUUUUACACGGUCGCCGUGUUCAACUUGGUUCGACUCGUGGGCUCGAUCUUGUUCUUGUUUUCGAGUUUCAAGCUCAAGAUAUUUCGAUGCUGUAUCCGAGGUACGAUGGAGGAGCGUAUCCGCGCCAAAGCCAAGCGCCGCAGCCAGCACCCCCCCGGCCAUCUCGUCUAGUUGUGUACUGUAUUGCAAACAACACGAAUCGACUUGUGUGUUCGUUUAUAUUUG